AGGCAGAGGGGGAGCUGCUCCUCGACUGGGCGUGGAGGCAGGCGGGCGGCUGCUGAGGAGGGCUAGCUGGGAGCGUCCACCCGCCCUCCACCAGUAUGGCAACAUCCUCCCAGUACCGCCAGCUGCUGAGUGACUACGGGCCGCCGUCUCUCGGCUACACCCAGGGAACAGGGAACAGCCAGGUACCCCAGAGCAAAUAUGCCGAACUGCUGGCCAUCAUCGAGGAGUUGGGGAAAGAGAUUAGACCCACUUAUGCGGGGAGCAAGAGUGCCAUGGAGAGACUAAAACGAGGCAUCAUUCACGCCAGAGGACUGGUUCGAGAGUGCUUGGCCGAAACGGAACGGAACGCCCGAUCCUAGCUGCCUAGCCAGGCGGAAGGUUUACCAUCUUCGUCCAAGACCGGAAGUUACAGCUCAUCUCCCAUGUUCAGAUGAAACUCUUGUUUUCAAAAGGGUAACGGUUUGGUUUCUCCUUCCCAUGUCCCUCCCAUGGUUCAUGAGGCUCUGAGAUUGAGAAAUAUUUUGCAGUUGACUAGGAUUUACAUUUUAAAUAGUUAGGAAUUACCCAGGGUUUUUUGUUCUUGUUUUUUUUUUUUUUUUUUAAGCAUUGAUUUAAAAGAUGCACGUAAAAGAUACCUGUCUCACGGCAAAGAUCCCAGUUACGUUACCCAGAUUGUUCUCCGUUCUUUUUCAUAAGCUAAUACAACUCUGAGGGGUUUUUGGUUUUUUUUUUUUUUUGAGUGCGUACGUUUGCCACACCGUGUGGAUUCCGCUUAAUGUAACUUCUUUUGUGCUUAAGCAUUUGCUUGCAUGACUAUUAGUGCUUUGAGGUCAAUUUAAAAAAUGCACAAGUUAUAAAUACAGAAGAAAGAGCAACCUACCAAACCUAACCUAACAAGAACCCCCCCCUUCCAAAUUUUCCUACUAAGACUGUGUGUGGAUUUCAGUUCUGCUUUUCCUGUAAGUUGAUCCAAACAUCUGGAAGAAAAUGACUAAAACUGUUUGCAUCUUUGUAUGUAUUUAUUACUUGAUGUAAUAAAGCUUAUUUUCAUUAA